AUGAGGGACGCUAGGGAUGCUUCAGUCAUUCUAGCAGAACAAGGUGGCCACCAUAUCGAAGAUGUGAAUGAAUCUUUUCACAUCUUAGAAAAUUUCCAUCCCCAAUACAUCCCAGAGAAUGUUUGGAAAAACUUAUGUGCUUAUUGGAACACUCCUAAGUGGAAAAACAUAUCUGCAUGUGCAAAGGAAAACCGCAACACUCCCGAUGCUAAUGGGAAGACUGGGAGGCACACAGGCGGGAGCAUUGGAAAUGCUGACCAUCGCAGGAAACUGAAAGAAGCAACAGGUAAAGAUCCAUCAUGGUUGGAUCUGUUUAUGAAGACCCGUCUUGAUAAGGAAUCAAAGAAAAGAUAUUUUGAAGGUGAUCGUUCGAAUUUGCACUUUUGCUCAGAGACUGCACGUCAGGCACAUGAUUCAUAUAUGAGGGGACUGAGUGAGAAAUAUGGAGAUGAUCCCACAAAGCAUGUGCACGAUGUUGAUGUAUGGAACAUGUCACAGUUGCAGAGACAGAAAGGGACCCACAAGGGUCGUAUGUAUGGGAUUAGGACUGCCGAUAGUCAGUUUUUGUUUACGGGGUCACUAUCUGUGGGGGGUGACAGCUCACAUUAUGUGCAAAAUGAAGAGGUAGAAAGAUUGCGCAAUGAAAUGGCUAGCAUGCGGGAAGCUGAAGCACAAAGGGAAGCACGAGACGCACAAAGGGAAUUGGAAAUGGAGGAGAUGCGAAAAAAGCAUGCCUUGCUUGAAGCACAAAUGACGGAUUUUUUCAAGCAAAACAAUUUCUCCGGAAAUCCACCACAAAGAAACUAGUUUAUGUUUCUAAUCUAAAAUAUUGGUAAUCAUAUUUUGUGACACUUUUUAGUUAUG